AUGGGAUCAGACAGGACUAGCCGGGACCACAAAUCCCUGGGAUCUUUGUUGACUAGUAAUCAGCUGGAGCCUCCAGAUUUCCGAACAAGGACAUAUUUCGUAAAGAAUGCCGGAAUAUUGCCAAGAAGGAGUGGUGUCAAUAUAUCUUUUAUUAGCACCAUCGCGGGGGUCACCGAUCCCGUGCUGCGAGAGGCACUAGAGGGUCAGAUUACCUGUUUUGGCCAGACACCAAGUCAACUGUUGACAACACCACAUCCUCCGCGGGGCUCUGCACUUGCUGUUUGUCCGCGCCUCUUUGCCCCGCCUGUACACGAAGUCACCGCUCGUCUGCGUCCAGCAUCGCAUGCAUCUAUUCUUAACCUUUUCUUCGUAUCUACUCCCCACCACGGCGUCGGUGGUGAUGUCUUCCUUCUAACUGUCUCCGCUAAUUGUGUCUUCACCGUUAACAGGUGGAAUAAGUCUGCUGCAGCUACUGCUGUUGCUGCGGAUUCUGUUUUCAAAGUAACCUCCCCUACUUCAUCAUCGGCGGAUUCCAGCGAGACCACAAGGUUUCAGGAGCCUUCAGUCCCUCCGCCGUCUUCUCAUUCAUCAUCACUGACCUCGAAUCGUCCUGCCUCCGCCACCCUACCUGCCAUUUCAGCAGAAAAUCAAGCCACUCCAAUCCUCACCCUUGAUUCCACACCCCUUGCACCAAACCCCUCGGGGAAUCGACGCUAUAUUGGCGAGAACAUGGACCCUUCAAUUCGCCUUACCGCGAACAACUUCGUGAUCACCAGUGAUGGCCGUGCUAUCGUUGCAUGCGGCUACUUUGACUACUCUUUUCGCAUCUUCUCUGUUGAUUCGGGUCGAUGUGUCCAGAGCGUGUGCGGCCACCAGGACGUAGUUACAUGUCUCGGCCACUCAGAAUCAACGGCCACUGGACAUUGCUAUCUCGCAUCUGGAGGUCGCGAUGGUCUUGUCUGUCUCUGGAUCUUCGACACAAAAUCCCUCUCUCUCUUCGGACACUGUAGGUUCCGCGUAUCUCUCUGCUCUUUGAAACUACUUUCCCAUUCCUUAUUGCUUAAUAUGCUGCUCUUUAUAGCCGGAGCAAUGCCGAUGCCUCACGUGACGCUUGUCGGCCACCAAAAUGCUCUGCAGUGCAUAGCGAUUUCAGCUGAACUCGGUCUGGUAUUCAGCGGCUCUGAAGGCAAGUCAAGCCUAAGUGGAACCCCAAACUCCUAGUGUCUUACUAUGGUUUCGGAUCUCACCAUCGGAGACUGAGGCGCCUGCCUACUGCACACCACGCAGGGUGAGCUGCUGCGUCGUUUUGAAGCACCACAAACGGUGGCGGACCGACUGCGCCCUUGUACUGCCUUUGCUGGGGCCGCUGGUGCUGCUACUGCUUCUGCCGCUGCUACUGCCAUUGCUGCAUCGCCAACACGCCUCGUGGUGACACGACACGGUUACGUGGUCUUCCAACUCGGUGCCACCAAACUUGUCGUCUUCACACUCAACGCGUGUCUUGUGGCUGCCACUGACCUUCACCGACAGGCACGGCUCUAA